UUUUCCAACAGGAAAGCAUGGAAGACAUGGCAUUAAUCCAAGACUCAGCAGAAGCUCAAUCACAAAAUCCCAAGCCUGAAGUUGCUCGUCGGACGGCAAAUUUUCACCCAAGCAUUUGGGGAGAUCAGUUCAUAAAUUAUGAUGAUUCCCAAGACAUUAUUACACAAGCUCACAGUCAACAACAAGUUGAUGAACUCGAAAAAAUUGUGAGGGAUCUAUUGAUAACCAGUGCAACUGAUUUUUCACUUCAGCUAAAGUUGAUUGAUGCAAUCCAGCGCCUUGGCGUGGCAUACCAUUUUGAAAGAGAAAUCGAGAAAGCACUUGAACGUACGCAUGCUACAUUUAAUGGUGACCAUGGCAACGAUGAUGUUGAUCUGUACACUGUUGCUCUUGGUUUCCGGCUGCUAAGACAACACGGGUAUAAUGUUUCAUGUGCCAUAUUCACCAAUUUCAAGGAUCAAAGUAGUAGCUUCAAGGAAAACUUGAUUGAUGACGUGUCUGGUAUGCUAAGCUUUUACGAAGCAACACAUCUGAGGGUGCAUGGAGAAGACAUAUUAGAAGAGGCUCUUGUAUUCACCACCACUCACCUUGAGUCAGCAGCAACCUGCGUAAGCAAUCCACUCUCUACACAAAUAACUCAAGCCCUAGAAAGACCCCUGCGAAAAAGUCUAGAGAGAUUAUCUGCGCGACGUUACAUUUCAAUCUACCAAGAAGAAGCUUCACAUAAUGUCUCUCUUCUGAAACUUGCAAAGUUAGACUUCAAUCUUGUUCAGCUUUUGCACAAAAAGGAGCUCCAAGAGAUUACUAGGUGGUGGAGAGCACUAGACUUUGAAAGGAAGCUUCCAUUUGCAAGAGAUAAGAUGGUAGAGUUGUACUUUUGGAUCGUCGGAGUGUAUUUUGAACCCCAGUACUCUGGGAGAAAUAUUAUGACAAAAGUAAGUGUCUUGCUGACAAUAUUGGAUGAUAUCUACGACGCAUUUGGUACAUUUGAAGAGCUCGUAGUCUUUACUGAAGCGAUUGACAGGUGGGAUGUCAAUUGCAUUGAUGAACUCCCGGAAUAUAUGCAAACAUUUUAUCAUGCACUUUUAAAUCUCUACAAUGAUAUUGAGGCAGAGAUGGCGAAGGAAGGAAGAUCAUACCGAGUUCCAUAUGCAAUACAAGCUAUGAAAGAUCAAGCUCGAUCUUAUUUUAAUGAGGCCCGAUGGUUGCACGAGGGACGAGUUCCAAGUAUGGAGGAGUAUAUGCGCGUUGCAACAGUUUCGAUUAGUUACACCUUUCUUACAACCAUAUCUUUACUUGGCAUGGGAGAUGUUGUGACAAAGGAAGCAUUUGAGUGGUUGUUCACUGACCCCAAAAUUGUUAGAGCUGCAAAUACCAUUUUUAGGCUCAUGGAUGACAUUGUUUCGACAAACUUUGAGAAAGAGAGAGGGCAUGCUGCUUCUAGUGUUGAUUGCUACAUGAAGCAAUAUGGGCUGUCAGAGCAAGAGACAGUCGAUGUUUUUCAGAAGCAAAUUACGGAUUUGUGGAAGGAUAUAAACGUGGAGUUCUUUAGACCAACUUCUGUGCCAAUGCCUAUUCUUAUGCGCGUUCUCAAUUUAACAAGAGUAACUGAUCUUCUUUACAAACAGGAAGAUGGAUUCACACAUGUGGGGAAGGUGACGAAAGAUAGUGUUGCUUCAAUUUGUAUCGAUCCAGUGCCACUAUGAUGUGGUUUCGUUGUUGUUAGAAUAUCGAUGUUUUAUGAUGUCUUGUUGAAUAGGAUGACUUUGGUACUUAUCUUUGGGAGCCUUUUAGAGAUAUGACUUAAAUAAGGUGAUUCUAAGAGUAUAGCCUUAUGGCUAGUUUGGUA